AUGGCGGAGCCGGAGGCCUCGCAGCCCGGCCGGACUCCGCCGCCCCCGCCGGCCGCUCCCGGGUCUGGGCCGGGCCCCGCGGGGGGCGCCGCCGGCUCCAGCGACCCGGCCCGGCCCGGGCUGAGCCAGCAGCAGCGCGCGAGUCAGCGCAAGGCCCAGGUGCGGGGCUUCCCGCGGGCCAAGAAGCUGGAGAAGCUGGGGGUGUUCUCGGCCUGCAAGGCCAACGAUGCCUGCAAGUGCAACGGCUGGAAGAACCCCAACCCGCCCACGGCCCCCCGCAUGGACCUGCAGCAGCCCGUGACCAACCUGAGCGAGCUGUGCCGGAGCUGCGGACAUGCUCUGGCUGACCACGUGUCCCACCUGGAGAACGUCUCGGAAGAGGAGAUCAACCGGCUGCUGGGAAUGGUGGUGGACGUGGAAAAUCUCUUUAUGUCGGUCCACAAAGAGGAGGACACGGACACCAAGCAAGUGUACUUCUACCUGUUCAAGCUGCUGAGGAAAUGCAUCCUGCAGAUGAACCGUCCUGUUGUAGAGGGGUCCCUUGGCAGCCCCCCCUUCGAGAAGCCGAACAUCGAGCAGGGAGUCUUCAACUUCGUCCAGUACAAGUUCAGCCACCUGCCCCCCAAGGAGCGGCAGACCAUGUACGAGCUCUCCAAGAUGUUCCUGCUCUGCCUCAACUACUGGAAGCUGGAGACGCCCUCCCAGUUCCGGCAGCGCUCGCAGAACGACGACGUGGCCACCUACAAAGUCAACUACACCCGCUGGCUGUGUUACUGCCACGUGCCCCAGAGCUGCGACAGCCUCCCCCGCUACGAGACCACCCACGUCUUCGGGCGCAGCCUGCUCAAGUCCAUUUUCACCGUCACCCGCCGGCAGCUGCUGGAGAAGUUCCGGGUGGAGAAGGACAAGCUGGUGCCGGAGAAGCGGACGCUCAUCCUCACCCAUUUCCCCAAGUUUCUGUCGAUGCUGGAAGAGGAGAUCUACGGGGAGAACUCGCCCAUCUGGGAAUCUGAUUUCACCAUGCCGGCCACGGAAGGCGCCCAGCUGGUCCCACGCCCAGCAGCCGUCAGCACCGUGGCUGUGCCCAGCACCCCGAUGUUCAGCAAGAAACUCGGCAGCAGCUCUUUGUCCUCCAUGAGCCUGGACGCCAGCACGGCCGAGCCCGUGCCAGGCGAGAAGCGGAAGCUGCCCGAGAGCCUGACGCUGGAGGAUGCCAAGCGGAUCCGGGUCAUGGGCGACAUCCCCAUGGAACUGGUCAACGAGGUGAUGCUGACCAUCACGGACCCGGCCGCCAUGCUGGGCCCGGAGACCAGCCUGCUGUCGGCCAACGCAGCGCGGGACGAGACGGCGCGGCUGGAGGAGAGACGCGGCAUCAUCGAGUUCCACGUCAUCGGCAACGCGCUCUCGCAGAAAUCCAACAAGCGGAUCCUGAUGUGGCUGGUGGGGCUGCAGAACGUCUUCUCCCACCAGCUGCCCCGCAUGCCCAAGGAGUACAUCACCCGCCUAGUCUUCGACCCCAAACACAAGACCCUGGCUCUGAUCAAGGACGGCCGGGUGAUCGGGGGCAUCUGCUUCCGGAUGUUCCCCACCCAGGGCUUCACGGAGAUCGUCUUCUGCGCCGUCACCUCCAACGAGCAAGUGAAGGGGUACGGGACGCACCUGAUGAACCACCUGAAGGAGUAUCACAUCAAGCACAACAUCCUCUACUUCCUGACCUACGCCGACGAGUACGCCAUCGGCUACUUCAAGAAGCAGGGCUUCUCCAAGGACAUCAAAGUGCCCAAGGGCCGCUACCUGGGCUACAUCAAGGACUACGAAGGGGCGACGCUGAUGGAGUGUGAGCUCAACCCCCGCAUCCCCUACACCGAGCUCUCGCACAUCAUCAAGAAGCAGAAGGAGAUCAUCAAGAAGCUGAUCGAGAGGAAGCAGGCGCAGAUCCGCAAGGUCUACCCGGGCCUGACCUGCUUCAAGGAGGGCGUGCGGCAGAUCCCCGUCGAGAGCAUCCCUGGGAUCAGAGACACGGGAUGGCGGCCGCUGGGGAAGGAGAAAGGGAAGGAGCUCAAGGACCCAGACCAGCUGUACAACACCUUGAAAAACCUCCUGGCCCAAAUCAAGACGCACCCCAGCGCCUGGCCCUUCAUGGAGCCCGUGAAGAAGUCGGAGGCCCCCGAUUACUAUGAGAUCAUUCGCUUCCCCAUUGACCUGAAGACCAUGACCGAGCGUCUGAAGAAUCGCUACUACGUCACCAAGAAGCUCUUCAUCGCCGACCUGCAGCGCAUCAUCACCAACUGCCGGGAGUACAACCCACCCGACAGCGACUACUGCAAGUGCGCCAACACCCUCGAGAAGUUCUUCUACUUCAAGCUCAAGGAGGCCGGGCUCAUAGACAAGUAGGGGCUCGGGGGGGCCCUGGCGCUCCAGCCUCGUCUCCUGGCCUCACUCUCCCCUUGUAUCCGGAGCCCCCGGCCGAGGCAUCGCGUCCUGCCUCGCUCUCCCAGGAGGGGCUCUUGGGCUUCUCUGAGCCCGGCUCAGCUGCUGACAGGUGGGGCAGGGCGAGGGGCACGGGUAGCUGCUGAACGGCCAGCGUGUGGGGCCAGCUCCCCUCCCGCUGCUAGGGGAGGCCCCUGGGACAUGCUGGCUCGCCCCUGGCCUCUCCCCUUGGUGCCAGGGCUGCGUUAGCCACCGGGGCCCCCUGCCCCAGUCCAGGUGGCACUCAGCCUGGGGUGUCUCCGCCCAAACUCGGAGCCUCGCCCUGGAGGUGGGAGCCCGGGCAGCCAUAGGUUGCCCUUGGCUCUGCAGUGCGUUCAGCUGGGGCAUGGACCUGCUGGGCUUGAAAUUCCAGCUGGGCAACACAGGCUCCACCCCAGGCGAGCUGCACUGUGUCUCUCUGGCCCGGGGCUGUAUGCGGGCGUUGGCCAAGGCUGCCCCACGCCCCUGGGCUCCACAUACGGCCGUCUCUGCUUUAUGGGCCGCGGCCCA